AUGCUGCAGGCUCGAGGUGAGCAUAUAUGCCGUAUCUGGUUCGGUCCCUGGCCCUGGGUGUUAUUGUAUGGCGCCGAAGAAUGCGAAGCUAUCCUUGGCAGCAAUAAGAUUUUGAAAAAGCCGUUUCAGUACGGUUUCUUGAGUGGUUGGAUUGGGCAAGGAUUGCUUAUCAGGUAA